AUGACCAUGCUGUACGGCCAUCAGGCCACCAGAAGAGCAGCGGCGCAUCCGGCCGCGCUCAACAAGAGAACGGCGUCCAACGGUCGCAGCUUGGAGCUGGCACCGACAAAGUCAAAUGGGCUCCCACCCCCGCUUCCUGGUGGGAUCGUCUGCUUCGGCCGCUGGGUUGUUGUCGUCGAUGUUGACUUUGCCAAAGCCGACUCGCUUGUCGUCGAUGACAACGGUGGCGUAGAUGUGCUUUUUGGUUUCACCGUGGACUUAAUCUUUGAUGUACUCGUCGACAGUGGCGUCGACUCGGGUUCUGACGUAGACGGUACGCUGGAUAUGGUGCUCGACUCCGAUGUGCUCUCCGGAGGGGGCGGUGUCUCUGACGGAAUUAUGGAAAAGCUCCGGAUUGUCGUCUCUGGCGUUGGCGUCGGAGCAAUCGACGUGCUGACGUCUUCGGGUCGACACAGCGAGUCCGUCAGUGUGCCCUUCUGUGCCUUGGAUAAGAGAGUCCCCUCGCUAGCUAUCCCGGCACUCUUCGGAGCACGUCUUCUCGGUAAAGUCGCGGAUGCGGCAUCCUCGAAUCGGCGUGUUGUAGGCCAAGAUGCAGUUGAGCGGCACCGAUCCUCCGGAAAGCAUCUGGAAGUUGGACAGCGAGAAGACCGUCCCCGACGCCGUGCCGGCAAGGAAAACCACAUCGACCAGCCUGAUAGGCGACCGCGCUCGUCGCUUAGGCAUUGUGGUGUCGUUGACGCGCUCCUCCAGGAGUCAGCCUCGUCGGCGUCGAUAUCCCCAGCGCCUUGCCGGUUGUUGUUUCUAAGAGAGCUGCCGCCAGGACCGACUGGUGCUGCGGGGGUUGGGAAUGCCCUUGCUGACUGGCAGCCGAGAGAUGCGCGACCGAGAGACUUGGAUCUGGGUCGAGCCGCAAACACGGGGGGCAGUGGUCGGGGGGCGUGGCGCGACCCGGGCGUUUCUGUCCCCGUCCACGAUGCCGAUUCGAAACGCGGAGCGUCACAGGUGACACGAAGUGACGACACGAUCGAUUCGGCUCGACAGUUCCGCACGGGAUCUCCGUCAGAGCCGCCUGGCCCGUGGUGUUUGUCCUCGUGGCUGUAA